AUGAAUUUCCAAAGAUUCAAGCAAUUAUGGACUUCACAGGGAUUCCCGAAGUACGACGACAUACAGAGUGUAAAAAGUAUACACAACACUGUUAGAUACAUCACGAAAGAGGACCAUAAGGCAAUAUUAGACCACAUUGACAUGGAUUUGGUAAGCCUUCCAUGUAAGGCUUGGGUAACUGCUCAAAGAUAUUAUAAGAUGAAGAAUCUACCAGCUAACAGUGACCCUUACUGCAAUCUACCCCCACACCAGAAGAAAUCAUUCAUGGAGAUAUAUGAAGAAUAUGCGAAGCAGAAUGUAGAAGAUGACGUGAAGGAAAUGUAUAAAGAAGAGAAAUUAAGAAGAUGGCAGAGGGCUUGUAUAAGGAUACUAAAGGAGACAGAAGAUAGAGAAAUUGUAUGGAUAUUCGACAAGGAUGGAGGAGCAGGAAAGACAUACCUAUGCAAACAUUUAAAUGCAGUAGAGGGAGCAGCAAUAUUUCAGAAUGGAAAUUCAAAAGACAUCAGCUAUGCAUAUAAUGGCGAAAGUAUUGUAUGUUUCAACUAUACCAAAGAAGAUGAGAAGUUUGUGAAUUAUGCUAUCCUAGAAAACCUGAAAGAUGGAUAUCUAUUCUCCGCCAAGUAUGACAGCAAGACAAAACAUUUCAAAAGUCCAAAGGUGGUAUGUAUGGCUAACUUUAUGCCCGAUGAAACUAAAAUGUCAGCAGAUCGCUAUUGGAAUUUCCAGUUAAUGAAAAAAGAAGACGAAUACAAAAUGAUCAUAUGUUAA